GCCGAGAUGCCGUGCCGCCCGGGCGAGCGCUUCCUGCUGCUGGAGCGCUCGGUCGCCGUGGGGCAGGCGGGCUCCAAGGAGGUGGACGCGCUGGUAGCCAAGCUGGGCGAGGUGCUGCAGCUGAGCGCACAGCGGGCGCCGCCGCCGCCCCGCGCCCCCAAGCACCUGGGGCCGGGCAGCGCCCGCGACCGCGCCGCCCCCUACUCGCCGCGCUGCAGCGGCGGCGGCCUGCUGGCGCCGCGGGGGCCGGCCCCGCCGCAAGCCCACCAGCAGCACGCCGAGCCCCCGCGGCCGGACAGGAGCGGCCACCAGCGGGUGACCAAGCAGCUGUGCGGCCGGGGCUGGCUGCGGAGCGCCGCCCGCCGGAGGAAGCAACCGCCGCCGGGGCCGGGCGACGGGCCGGCGGAGGAGGAGGACCCCCACCGGCUCCUGCAGCAGCUCAUCCUCUCCGGCAACCUCAUCAAAGAAGCCGUCCGGCGGCUGCAGCUAGCGGCGGCGGCGGCAGCAGCGGCGGCGGCGGCCUCCACGGCCUCCAGCGGCAGCGCCUCGGCGGGGAGCAGCGGCGCGGACGGCGAGGCGGCCGAGGCGGCGGCGGUGCAACCCUUGCAGUAGCCGGCGGGGACGAGAAGCGGCGGCGGCCGGGGCAGAGGAGCGUGGCUGGGGCGGCCGCUAGCGGCGGCGGGGCCCCCCGCCGAGCGGACUGCGGGAGCGCGGUGCUGGCUCCGCCGCGAUUUUAAAAAAAAAAAAUGUGAAUAUCAAAGCUGGAAGGCAGCUGGACUUACAAUUGUAAAGCCUGAUGAGUGAAUGGAGCCUGAGACGCAUUGUUCACAUAGGUAGCCGAAAGAAGUUUUUUCUACCAAAAAGAAAAAAAAACAAAACCCUGAAUCCACCCUUCCCCGACAAACUCAAUGGCUCGAAUACAAGAUGCAGCUGUUGAUUUUAAAUAUAUGCACUUCGUACCGGAGUGUUUGAAAUGUGUUCCUGAUUUACAGGACUUACUGUCUUAAUUAACCUGUCUGUAUUGAAUAAACGUGGUCUUGUUUUUA